AUGAGAAGAGCAACGCAGGGGAAUGAAAAAGCUGUUGUAGAACUCAUCAUCCUUGGUUUCCAAAGUAUUCCAGGAGGGCAAUUUAUCCUCUUCUUGAUAUUUCUAGUGACCUACACUGCAACUGUGUUAGGGAACCUCCUGAUCAUGGUGCUGGCUGUGACAAGUCAUCACCUUCAUAACCCCAUGUUCUUUUUCCUGGGGCAUCUGUCAUUCUUGGAGACCUGUUACACUUCCACUAUCCUGCCCAGAGUGUUGGCAAGUCUCAUAACAAAGAAAUAUGUUCUUUCCCUUCAUGGUUGUUUCCUGCAGUACUUUUUCUUCACUUGGCUAGCAGGUGCAGAGUGUUGCCUCCUGACUGCCAUGUCUUAGGACCGGUACAUGGCCAUAUGCAGACCACUGUGUUACACAACCAUCAUGACCAGCAAGUGCUGCCUCCAGUUAGCAGGUGGAUCUUGGGUAAAUGGGUUUUUGGCUGGUGCCAUCGUCACGUCUCUGAUGCCACAGCUGACGUUCUGUGGCCCAAAUGAAAUCGAUCAUUUCUUCUGUGACUUCACGCCAGUGGUGAAGCUCUCCUGCAGUGACACCCACAGGAUUGAGCUUGUAAAAUUCAUCUUGGCCUUCCUUCUGACACUCCCCCCGUUCCUCUUGACACUCACGUCUUCUGUGUACAUCAGCAACACUCUCCUCAGGAUCCCAUCCUCCACAGGAAGGCUUAAGGCUUUUUCUACCUCUUUUUCCCACCUCACUGUGGUGAUACUUUUCUAUGGGAUGCUGAUUGUGGUGGACUUGGUACCAGAAAGCAACACGCUGGGAGAGCUCCACAAAGUGUUCUCUGUCUGCUACACAGUUCUGACUCCACUGCUCAAUCCCCUCAUCUACAGCUUAAGAAAUGCCAACAUCAAGAAGGCUUUGAGAAUGGCUGUGAACAGAUGUCGAGGUUCUGAUAAGGUGUAA